GGUGGCGGGCUGACGGUGGUGGUGGUAGUGGGAGUGUUUAGUGGUAGUGGUUAGUUUCGUCACACACACACACACACACACACACACACUUAUAUAUAUACUCAAACACCCGUAAACACAUCCAUAACAUGCAUAUAUACACCCAAACACACACACACACACAUACAAACAAAGUGAAGUAUUGAAAAGGAGUGAACCAGCAGUACGAACCGUGGUCAACCUAUUGCCAUCCUUGACCACAACCCUCCACACUGCCUUGCCUUCAUAUACUUAGGCGCAGACGUGUAGAUGGAAGGAGUAGAAGGAAGAAAAAACGAGAAACAAAGGAGGAGGACGAAGAAGAAAGGAGAAAAGGAAGUGGAGGAGGAGGAGGAGGAGGAGGAGGAGCCAAGCCGCGAUAUUUACGUCACAAUCACAGCAUCACAGUGUCCACACAGCCCCACAGCCCCGCCCCAGCCUUGCUCCAGCCUCUCAUCCCACCGCCCCAUGGCCCAGUGAACCACGCCGCCCCACAGCCCCGCCAGCAUGAUGGGGGGGGUGCGGUAGCCAGUAUGGGGCAGAGUGCGAGCCACCAUCACCACCACCACAUCCACCACCACCACCACCACUGUCCCAUGGAUGCCCCACAGGACAGCCCCGCCUCGCCCCGGCAGGUGAGGCAGCGCGUGCAGCAGCAGCAGCAGGAGAGGGAGCUGAGUGAGGGUGUCGGGGCCGGGGCGGGGCCUGGCGGGUGCUGCGGGACGGCCUCCUGCAGCUGUGGGGGGGGCCUGUCCUCCACCGCCGCCCUGUAUGGCACCACCCCAGCCCCACGCACCCCGGACACCACCCCGCCUCGCCCCGUGGUGGUGACGCCGCCCCGCUCCCUGCCCCCACACCACCACCACCACCACCACCAGUGGCCAGAGUCGCCGUCCACCCCAGGGGGUGUGAACCCCGCCACUGCUUCCCCCAGCGGGUGCAGCUGUGGGCCAGGGGGUGGGGCAGGGCGGGGCUGCAGCCACUGGUGCUCCGCCUGUCGGGUGCGGGUCCAACUGCAGGUGGAGUGUGUUGGGGGCGUGGAGGGGCGCCCCGCUGCUUCCCGGGGUGGCCGCCUGCGCACCCUGGCCUUCCCUAAGCGGGGCCGGCACAAGGCCAAGGCGCCGCCCCGCGACGCCCCGCCACAGCCCAAGAAGAAGAAGGCGCCCUGGACGCUGCGCCUCAACUGUCGCCUCCGCCCCUCCAAGGGCGAGGCGGAGGAGGCCCCGGGGGCGCCCCAGGCAGCCGCCGCCAGUGUGGGGUGCGGGGGCUGCAUGUGCCCCGGCCUGCGCCGCCCUGACCCAGACCCCCUGCACUCCCUCCACCACCUGCACCUCCACCACACUCGCUCCGCCCCAGAGGAGAGUGCGGGGGGCGGGGGAGGUGGAGCAGCGUCGCCGGGCGGGGCGGUGGCGCUGCGUGCCCCGGUCAUUGACCUGUCCCGGUUCAACCCCGAGGCAUUCCCCAUCGAGGACUGGGAGGAGCGGGCGCGGCAGGAGCGGGCGCGUGAGAUGGCGGAGGGGGUGGAGCCCCCCCCAGGCUUCACCUCAGACCCUGCCCCGGGGGCUGUGGGGAGCCUGGCCCUGACACACCUGCAGCUGCAGCACCAGCACCACCUGCAGCUGCAGCAGGCGGGGGCGGCGGCCGCCAGCCUGCCGGUGCCGUACAACCCCAUGCUGGACCUGCACCUGCUGCUGGAGCGGUCGCUGCGCCUGGGCCUGGCGGGGCCCGGGGCGCUGCUGCAGCAGGUGGGGCGGCUGGCGGGGAGUGGCGGGGCAGGGGGAGGUGAGGGGGCGGUGGUGCAGCGGACGGUGCACACACAGGUGGACUACAUCCACUGCCUGGUGCCGGACCUGCUGGCCAUCACCAACUGUGUGUUCUACUGGGGCAAGAUGGACCGCUACGAGGCGGAGCGGCUGCUGGAGGGGCGGCCGGAGGGCACCUUCCUGCUGCGGGACUCAGCGCAGGAGGAGUACCUGUUCAGCGUGUCAUUCCGUCGGUACGGGCGGUCGCUGCACGCCCGGAUAGAGCAGUGGAACCACCGCUUCAGCUUUGACUCGCAUGACCCGGGGGUGUUCGCCGCACACACCGUCUGUGGCCUCAUUGAGCACUACAAGGACCCCUCAUGCUGCAUGUUCUUUGAGCCCAUGCUGACCAACCCCCUGCCCCGCACCUUCCCCUUCCCCCUGCAGCACCUCUGCCGCGCCGCCAUCUGCUCCACCACCACCUACGACGGCAUCACCACCCUCCGCCUCCCCAAGCCCCUCCACGCCUACCUCAAGGAGUACCACUACAAACAGAGGGUCCGUGUCAGGAGGCUGGACCACUAGGACAACACCACCACCACUCACAACACCACUGCAACACCACAACACCACUACAACAUCACCAACCAGGAGGCUCAACCAUUAGGACAACACCACCACCAAUCACAACACUCCAACACCACUACACCACCUCUACAACACCUUCAAUACCACUGCAACACCAACACCACCACCAACCAGGAGGCUCGACCACUAGGACACCAAUACACCAAUGACAACAUCACUACAACACCAUUUCGAACCAACAUCAACACCACUGCCACUACACCACGACAAACAGAGGGUCCAUAUCAGGAGGACAGCAACAACACCACAACACCACACCAGAAUCACUCAACACACCAUGCAACACCACAAGACAACACCUCAACACCACUGGAACACCUGCAACACCUCUAACACCACUACAACACCAUUGCAAUACCAACAAUGCUAGGACAACUUCUCAACACCACUGCAACACCUCCAACACCACCAGGACAACACCAC